AUGUUGGCCCCCCGUUUUCUCCGCUCGGCGACCUCGCUGGCACGGCCCUUCAGCUCGUCCGCCGUAGCCUUCCGCUCCCCUUCCAUCCGAGACGUGACGGCCAGCACGGCCGAGGAGUUUAACAAGCGGCAGAAAGAGUUCCGCGAGAACCUCGAAGAGGCUCGCAAGAGAAAGGAGCAGCAAGAGAGUCAGUCUGCCGAAGCUUCUAUUAGUUCUUCCCCUCCCCGUGAGUCUGCUCCCACUGCUCCGCGUGUGAGCAAUGCGAGUAGUAUCGAUGAUCGAAUUCGUCCUGCUUUUGAUGCGGCCGAAGCUCUGGAUAACAAGGCACUCGGCUCACUUUCUACGCAUCGUUAUUUAGGAGAUGAACAUCAGGCCGACCCCAACAACAAACGUGGGCCUUUGUCCUCGCUCAUCUACGGGACCAAGGAAGGUCAGCACUUCGAUAAGGAUAUCGAGCGCUCCUUCUCGCAGGUACUUGCCCGUGGCAAGUAUGUUCAUUCGAUUGUCUUCCACGAUGUCAAGCCCGACAAGGUCGACGAGUAUGUGGAGCUGGUGGGCAAGUGGUAUCCCCGCAUGGCAGGCACCGAGGAGAAUAGGGUCAACUUGGUGGGCAGCUGGCGAACACAGGUCGGCGAUAAUGACACUUUUAUCCACAUUUGGGAGUACCAGCGCUACGAAGGUUACCAUGCGUCUCUGCACAACAUCUCGGAGCACCCUGAAUUCCCCGAAUUUGACCACAAACUCAAGAGCCUGAUCAAGAGCAAAAAGACGUCACUGAUGCAGGAGUUCUCGUUCUGGCCGACAACCCCUCCACGCCGGUUGGGAGGACUGUUUGAGCUCCGAUCGUACACGUUGCACCCGGGCAACCUUUUGGAAUGGGAGACCCACUGGCGCCGAGGACUCACAGCGCGUCGGGAGGUGAUGGAAGGCGUGGGUGCGUGGUUUGUCCAGAUCGGUGACCUCAACACAGUACACCACCUGUGGCAAUAUGCCAACUUGGAAGAGCGCAAGAUUCGCCGCGAGCAGUCGUGGGGCGUCGAGGGUUGGGCUGAGACCGUCCACAAAACCGUUCCCCUCAUCCAGUCGAUGCAAAGCCGGAUUCUCGUUCCGAUGCCGUGGAGCCCUGUCGGUUAA